AUGGGUGUUUGUUUGAGCAAAAAAGAAUCAGCCCCAGAUCAAAGACAUGUUGAUUCUGGUCAUCCCAAUCCCAAUCACAAACACAAUAAUAAUCAUAAUCAGAAUCACAAGAAUCAUGAACCCAAUGUGAAUCAAUCAAAAACAAAAGCCCCUGGUCCCCAUGCCUCAAAUACAAAACCUGCUCAUAGGUCAGACACAUACACAAUUCUAGGCAAACAAUUUGAAGAUGUGAAACAAUUUUACACAAUUGGGAAAGAAUUAGGGAGAGGACAAUUUGGUGUGACUUAUAGAUGCAAACAGAGUUCAACUGGUUUGAAAUUUGCUUGCAAAUCGAUUUCCAAGAGGAAACUUGUUAGUAAAGCUGAUAAGGAAGAUAUAAAGAGAGAGGUACAACUCUUGCAACAUAUGAGUGGACAACCAAACAUUGUUGAGUUUAAAGGUGCUUAUGAGGAUAGAAAGUCAGUUCAUGUUGUUAUGGAACUUUGCGCCGGGGGCGAACUUUUCGAUAGGAUUAUUGCGAAAGGACAUUAUAGCGAAAGAGCAGCGUCUUCUAUUUGUAGACAGGUUGUUAAUGUUGUUCAUAUUUGUCAUUUCAUGGGUGUUAUGCAUAGAGAUUUGAAGCCAGAGAAUUUCUUGCUGUCUAGUAAGGAUGAUAAGGCAACUAUCAAGGUUACUGACUUCGGUUUGUCGGUUUUCAUCGAAGAAGGAAAGGUAUAUCGAGAUAUAGUUGGUAGUGCAUAUUACGUUGCGCCAGAAGUUCUACGUCGUAGAUAUGGGAAGGAAGUAGAUAUAUGGAGUACAGGAGUUAUAUUAUAUAUCUUACUUUGUGGCGUGCCUCCGUUUUGGGCAGAGACGGAAAAGGGAAUAUUUGACGCCAUAUUGCAAGGUCGUAUUGACUUCGAAAGUCGUCCAUGGCCAAGCAUAUCAAACAGUGCUAAGGACCUUGUUCGUAGGAUGCUUAUACCAGAUCCGAAGAAACGCAUCACUGCUACUCAGGUUCUAGAGCAUCCAUGGCUUAAAGAAGGUGGAAAUGCUUCUGAUAAGCCUAUAGACAGCGCGGUACUUUCUAGAAUGAAGCAAUUCAGAGCGAUGAAUAAACUAAAAAAACUCGCCCUCAAGGUAAUUGCUGAAAAUCUUUCUUCGGAAGAGAUCCAAGGUUUGAAGGCAAUGUUUACUAACAUGGACACCGACAAAAGUGGUACAAUCACAUACGAGGAGUUGAGAACAGGAUUGCACAGGCUCGGCUCAAAGCUUACCGAAGCUGAAGUUCAGCAGCUUAUGGAAGCUGCUGAUGUAGACGGAAAUGGCACAAUCGAUUACAUAGAAUUCAUCACUGCUACUAUGCAUCGACACAGGUUAGAAAGAGAUGAACAUCUUUACAAGGCCUUCAAUCAUUUCGAUAAAGACAAUAGCGGUUUUAUUACAAGAGAUGAACUGGAAACAGCCAUGAAGGAAUACGGUAUGGGCGACGCAGACACAAUCAAAGAUAUUAUAUCCGAAGUUGAUACCGAUAAUGAUGGUAGAAUCAACUAUGAAGAAUUUUGUACAAUGAUGAGGAGUGGAGUUCAUCAACAAGGCAAACUAUUCUAA